AUGGAACGACACUCUAGAGAUAUAGUAAAUUGUCUAAGAAACUAUCUAAAAAUAUCUCGAUGCCCUAAAUUGAGUGGUCAACUAUCUGGCGAUGGGUCAGAUUUCAUUCAAUCGGUUGAUGGUUUGGAUAGUAGCGCUAAUUCUUUUGUAAUUGGAAAGAGGACGGAUGUAAAACUUAUCCAAUCUAGACAAGGACCUCCAAUUCUAGAUAUCUUAGAAAUGAUUGGUGUUAAAGGAUCCUGCACGCAAUUGCUGGGUCGUAAAUUAACUAAUUUAUUAAUAGAACCAUCGAAAAAUCAAUAG